AUGAAGAGGGAACUUGUGUGUCUAUUGCUGUUUUGUGGUGUGGCCUUCACUUUGUCCAUCCAGGAAAGCUAUGCCAAGUAUAGAAGAGGAGCCCGUUCGUACAGAGCGACCUGCAGAGAUGAAAAAACACAGACGACGUAUCAGCACCGCCAGUCGUGGUUGCGGCCCAUGCUCAGAGGCAAUCGGGUGGAAUACUGCCGGUGUGACGGUGGCAGUCCACAGUGCCACUCUGUGCCUGUCAAAAGUUGCAGUGAACCAAGGUGCUUCAAUGGAGGAAUAUGUUGGCAGGCCGUAUAUUUCUCCGAUUUCGUCUGCCAGUGCCCUGAAGGAUUUUUUGGGAAAAGCUGUGAAAUAGAUGCAAAGGCUACGUGCUACAAAGGCCAAGGAAUCACCUACAGGGGCACGUGGAGCACAGCAGAGAGCGGGGCCGAGUGCAUCAACUGGAACAGCAGCGCUCUGUCCCAGAAGCCAUACAGCGGGCGGAGGCGGGACGCACUCAAGCUGGGCCUUGGGAACCACAACUACUGCAGAAACCCAGACCGAGACUCGAAGCCCUGGUGCUACAUUUUUAAAGCAGGCAUGUACAGCCCAGAGUUCUGCAGCACACCCGCCUGUACCAACGGAAAAACCAAAGAUUGCUACUCUGGAAAUGGGUUCGAUUACCGUGGUACUCACAGCCUUACUGUAUCUGGAACCACCUGCCUCCAGUGGAAUUCUAUGAUCCUGAUGAGCAAGUUUUACACAGCGUGGAAGAGCAAUGCUCAGACCCUGGGCCUGGGCAAACACAAUUACUGCCGGAAUCCAGAUGAGGAUGAGAAGCCCUGGUGCCACGUGCUGAAGAACCACAGGCUGACGUGGGAGUACUGCGACAUGCCUCAGUGCUCCACCUGUGGCCUGAGACAGUACAAGCAACCUCAGUUUCGCAUUAAAGGAGGGCUCUACACGGACAUCACCUCUCAUCCCUGGCAGGCCGCAAUCUUCGUCAAGAACAGGAGGUCACCAGGAGAGAGGUUUCUGUGUGGGGGAACACUGAUCAAUUCCUGCUGGGUUCUGUCUGCUGCUCACUGCUUCCAGGAGAGGUAUCCUUUUGAGCACAUUAAGGUGGUCCUGGGCAAAACAUACCAGUUGAUUUCCGGAGAAGAGGAACAGAGAUUUGAAAUAAAACAGUACUUUGUCCAUGAGAAAUUUGAUGAUGACACUUACGACAAUGACAUUGCUCUGCUGCAGCUGAAAUCAAACUCACUGCAGUGUGCCCAGGAGAGCAACAGCGUGCGUCCCGCCUGCCUCCCUGAGCCCAACUUGCAGCUGCCUGACUGGACCGAAUGUGAACUUUCUGGCUAUGGCAGGCAUGAAGCGACUUCUCCUUCUUAUUCUGAGCGCCUGAAAGAGGCUCACGUCAGGCUGUACCCAGCCAACCAUUGCACGUCAGAGCAUUUGUUCAAUAAGACCGUCACAAACAAUAUGCUGUGUGCUGGAGACACCCGCAGCGGAGGGAGCCACGUAAGCCUGCACGACGCCUGCAAGGGUGACUCAGGAGGCCCCCUGGUGUGUAUGACAGACCAGCGCAUGACUUUGGUUGGCAUCAUCAGUUGGGGUAUUGGCUGUGGACAGAAAGAUAUUCCAGGUGUAUAUACGAAGGUUACUAACUACCUGGGCUGGAUUCAAAACCGUAUCAAACCAUGA